UUCAAUUCAGCAGUCUACUUGAUUCCUGCGUGCAUAUAGAAAAAGGUACCCAACAUGUUGUGCCUUCCUCGUGCGUUGUUUUCUGUGGCACUGAUUUUUGUCUUAAGAAUAAGGUCCGGACAUGGGGUCCAAGACGAUUGGCAAUUAGUAUUUCAGGCGGUUACAGGGAAUGGUGAAAAUGUCCUUAAUGCCUGGAACUCAAGGUCACCUUCAAGAUGCACGAUACAAGCUGGCUGUAUUCCUGCUGGUUUUAAAUUAGACAACCAGAGGGAUAACACGAAACAUCUUCGAAGUCCUUUAAUCGACAAGUGGAACUCGCUCCAUAUUCUAAAAAUCCGUGUAGUAUUUGGUGGCCAGGGGAAAACGUUAGCGUAUUUAGAAUUUGAUGGAAGUGGAAGCACCAAGAAUGAUUGGUUCAGCAAAGCUAGACUUCUGCAUAGUAGUUGGUCUGAUCUCAAGACCUCCAAAACUAACUACUUCUCCAUGUUGGGGUACCUGAUUUCGAAUGAACCCUUCAAAAUCUAGUUUAAGAUUCGUGAUUGGUUGUUUUACUAUAUGUAGAAAUAGCAAUUCAGCUGUUGAUAAUUCUGAUUUUACUGACGAAUCGCGGGUCACUAGACAUUUCUUCAUCAACAAGAGUUAUGCUGGAUGCCCUAAGGACAUCGGAUGGUUUGUGGUGGUGGAUAAGAGAGACGUCUGUGCAUGGGCAAGGCAGGGAAACGUCCCAGUGUUUUUGUACAACAAAAGUUCUAAAGCUGCAAAUUGGAACCGGAGUAAGUUUAUUUAUCGUGUAAUAUAUACUGUGUAAUCGAAUAUUGGAUGUGCUUCAUAUACAAAUAAAAUUUCCGUACUGA